AUGAACGGGACGCGGAACUGGUGUACCCUGGUGGACGUAAACCCGGAGAACCGGACCGCGGCAGGCAGGAAGACCUAUGCCAUGGUAUCUGGCCAUUCAACUGGUCAUUCUCUGGCCUCAGAACUGGUGGAAUCCAAUGAUGGACAUGAGGAGAUCAUUAAGGUGUACUUGAAGGGGAGGUCUGGAGACAAGAUGAUCCAUGAGAAGAAUAUUAACCAGCUGAAGAGUGAGGUCCAGUACAUCCAGGAGGCCAGGAACUGCCUGCAGAAGCUCCGUGAGGAUAUAAGUAGCAAGCUUGACAGGGAUCCAGGAGAUUCUCUCCAUCGAAAGGAGAUACAGGUGGUGCUAGAAAAGCCAAAUGGCUUUUGUCAGAGUCCCACAACCCUGUACAGUAGCCCACCUGAGGUGGACACCUAUAUAAAUGAAGGUGUCGAGAGCUUGAGGAAGACUGUGCAGGACUUGCUUGCCAAGUUGCAGGAGGCUGAGCGACAACACCAGUCAGACCGUGUGGCCUUUGAGGUCACACUCACCCAGUACCAGAGAGAAGCAGAACAGAGUAAUGUUGCCCUUCAGAGAGAGGAGGAGAGAGUGGAGCAGAAAGAGGCAGAAGUCAGAGAGUUGCAGCGGCGCUUGCUGGGGAUGGAGACGGAGCAUCAGGCCUUACUGACAAAAGUCAGGGAAGGGGAAUUGGCCUUAGAGGAACUUCGGAGCAAGAACACUGACUGCCAAGCACAACAAGAAAAGACUGCUACCCUGGAAAAGGAAGUGGCUGGGUUGCGGGAGAAGAUCCAUCACUUGGAUGACAUGCUCAAGAGCCAGCAGCGGAAAGUCCGACAAAUGAUAGAACAGCUCCAGAAUUCAAAAGCUGUGAUCCAGUCAAAGGAUGCCACCAUCCAGGAGCUCAAGGAGAAAGUCGCCUAUCUGGAGGCAGAGAAUUUAGAGAUGCACGACCGGAUGGAACACCUAAUAGAAAAACAAAUCAGUCAUGCCAAUUUCAGCACCCAGACCCGGGCCAAGACAGAGAACCUGGGCAGCAUUAGGAUAUCCAAGCCCCCCAGCCCUAAGCCCAUGCCUCUCAUCCGAGUGGUGGAAACAUGAGCUGCGAGGAGAUGGAUGCUGCCAUUGCUGCUGCCUGUCACCUGUGGAGAAGCCCACCGCCCCAGUAGGCUGCUAGCACUGACUUUGACUUCUUGACUAUUCCCUGGCUGCACCUAGUGUUUGGGGCUCAUGUGUGCUGCUGUUCCCUCCUGUCCUCUGUGUGUUGGACAGAUGGAGCACGAGCACCUCCUCUGGAUGCUGCAGUCCUUUGGAAGAUGCUAUCUUGCCAGCAGGGGCUAGGGCAGUACACUUAUUCCUAUAGCUACUAUUUUUCUCUGUAGCAGUGCAUCCCUUCUGUUAUAGACUGGAGUCCAGCUGCCCCAGGAGCCAGGCUUGGGAGAGGUGGCAAGUUUGCCUAAGCCUUAGAAGCUGGAGGCACAGAUGUCCAGGGUGAUUGAAGCAUGUCCUGGGGUAAUGAAAUUCCUUCCACAAACACAGCUCAGUUCUUUAGCAACAAACUGUUUGUUUUUCUACUUGCUCCACCGUCAGCCCAUGCCGACCUGGGCCACCUACACACAGACAGUGGCGCGACCUGUCCAGGCCUGGUCAGAGUCAGUGAACCUCAGCUUUGUCUGGGCAAUCUUGGCUUU